AUGGCCGCAAUGAACCCGGAAUAGUGAGUUUUUUGUGUUAAUAUAUUUUUUCAAGCGAAAAUCGAUUUCAGCGACUACCUGUUCAAACUGCUUCUUAUCGGCGAUUCGGGUGUCGGAAAGUCGUGUCUCUUGUUGCGUUUCGCCGACGACACCUACACCGAAUCGUACAUUUCGACGAUCGGUGUUGAUUUCGUAAGAAAACAGCAAAAAUGUUCGAUAAAAAAUGGAAAAAUUGCAGAAAAUCCGCACCAUCGAGCUUGACGGAAAGACUAUCAAGCUUCAAAUCGUACGUUUCUUCAUGUUCUCUAUUUUCAAUUAAUAAUUUUUGUCUUCAGUGGGACACCGCCGGACAGGAGCGUUUCCGCACCAUCACCUCCAGCUACUACCGUGGAGCUCACGGAAUCAUUGUCGUCUACGACAUUACCGAUCAGGUUUGUCGAUUUCUCGCCGAUUUUAUCGAUAAUUUCGCAAUAUUUGCAGGAAACUUUCAACAAUGUGAAGCAAUGGCUUCAGGAGAUCGAUAGGUACGCGUGCGAGAACGUGAACAAGCUGCUCGUCGGCAACAAGUGCGAUUUGACGGCGAAAAGAGCCGUCGAGACCCAGGCGGCGCAGGAUUACGCCGGACAGCUCGGAAUUCCUUUCCUCGAGACUUCGGCUAAGUCGUCGACCAACGUCGAACAGGUGAAUUUGACAGAAAAUCGGAGCAGCUGUUUUAAAUAUGACGAGCCGAAAAUUUAACUGAAAAUCCAAUUUUCAGGCCUUCUUGACGAUGGCGUCGGAGAUCAAGUCGCGUAUGGGACCGGUUCAGGGAGCCGGAGCCGCUCCGGGAGUGCGCAUCACGGGAUCGCAGCCGGUGCAGGACAAGAAGAGCGGCGGAUGCUGUUAA